GAUCGUCAAAGUGAUUAUACAUAUUGUUCCUGAAGCUCGGUUGUUGGCCAGCAGCACUUGAUAUGUCUGUGCCAGCCAGGAUUCACUUUUUGGAGGCAUUCGAUCUGGUGAUCAAAUGAUCCCCGAGUGUGUGGUGGAGACCGAACCGCUUUCGUAUUGCACAAUGCUCACAUCUGAUGCAGAAGAACGCCUCCUUGAAAGCCUGAAAGAUCUCGGCUUCAAUGACUUCCGAGGAAAGCAGAAGGAAGCGAUUACUGCAGCACUGACUGGCAGUGACUGUCUCGUCCUCAUGCCUACUGGAGGUGGCAAGUCCCUUUGCUACGCCCUUCCAGCUGUCAUCACUGGAAAAUUGGCGGUUGUAGUAUCACCCCUCAUUGCUUUGAUGCAGGACCAGGUCAGUAAUUUCAACAAGAGGGGCAUCAAAUCGGACUAUUUUUGCUCCACCCGCACAGAGAAGGAACGUGCAGCCAUUAUCCGUGGCUUGCAGACCGCCAACAUUGCUCUUCGGCUGCUGUUUGUCACACCGGAGACAUUCUCCUCAGAACAGUUGCUUGAGCACAUGCGUGGGAUAUAUGCCUCGGGCCAGCUUGCUUUGGUGGCUAUUGAUGAAGCCCACUGCAUAUCAUCCUGGGGUCAUGAUUUCAGGCCAGCAUACAGGCGCCUGUCCAGCAUCAGAAGGGAGCUGCCUGGUGUCCCAAUCAUGGCAUUGACUGCCACAGCAACCAAGCAGGUUCAGGAUGACAUUGCUCAGAGUGUGCUGAGAAACCCGCUCCGCCUGAUCACAUCCUUCAACCGGCCCAACAUCAGUUACCACGUGCGCUACCAGCUGCAGGGCAGCUCAUCAGCAGUCAGCCAGAUUGCUGACAUCAUUGAGGAGAUGAAGGGGCCUGCUGGAGCCGUCCCCUGCUGCAUCGUGUACACUCUGAAGCCCGCAUACCAUGCAGGCUUGAGGGAUGCAGAGAGAACCCGGGUACUAGAGCAGUGGUCCUCUGGGCAGAUCCCUGUUGUAGCUGCCACGAUCGCGUUUGGCAUGGGCAUUGACCGAGCAUGUGAGCCUCUCCUUUCCAGCCUUUACCCCAGAGUAUCAAUCGUGGUUGUCCCUGCUUAA